AUGCCUAACGUACUUGUUAUUGGACCCACUGGUUACGUUGGAUCUGCUCUCAGCGAGCAACUUAUCCGCAGCGGCGAUCAUUAUGUCUAUGCAGUAUCCCAGAGUGAUGAGGAAGGAUUCCGACUUGCCACGAGCGAAAUUAUUCCCAUCAGGGGCAGCCUCGACUCGUCCCAAACAGUAUUCGAACUCAUUACAUCCAACAAGAUAGACGUCAUUGUGGACACCUCCAGCUACAACGACAAAACGACGAAGUCAAAGCUGCUCAAAGUCAUUGCGGGUGCGGAGAAUCUUAGACAGCAGCAGCUGGCUAAGAAACAGUUGAUUCAGCCAAAGCUCGGAUUUGUUACCGUGAGCGGAAUCUGGACUCAAGGAUCGACUGAAGACCCUCAUGGCAGCUUUCAGAAAAUGGCGCCUGAAGCGAGUUCAGUACAGCCUGAAGAAGGCCUCGUUGAGUCGAAAGCCUUGUACGAGCAAGAGGUCCUCGCGGCUAGGAGUUCCCUUGACGUGGCUGUCAUUCAGCCAUCGUUUAUCUGGGCUCGUGGAGGCGCAGCUUGGACUCGGAUCCUGGGGCCCCUAGUUGAAGGAGCGCGAACCAGCACUACCGACACUGUGAAAAUUGCUGUUGACCCAGCAGAUCAGAUUUACUGCUUCACCAACAUUGACGAUGUUGCUACCGCCAUUGAGCUGGCGGUGAACAAGCUGCAGCUGAUCAAUGGAAACAGUGUUCAUCCUGUCUUCGAGCUUGUUGGGGAUCAGUUCCCUGUGGGCUUACUUUGCGAACGCGACGCGCUCUACUUCGGAUGCAAGGGCAAAGCAGAAUUGUUUAAGCCUGAGAAUACUGGAUUUCUAGACGUCAUUGGUGGAAAUCACAACGCCAAUCGAACAAGGGCGGAACAGAUUCUGGGAUGGUACCCUAAGAAGCGAUAUUUUUUGAGGGACACAUUUAUCUACGCGAACUCCUUCAUGGCAGCUUUAGCUCUUGCAAAGCUUAAGUAA